AUGAAGAGACUUUGCACCUACCUGCCACCUCGUCUCCUUGGGCCUCCACCAAGCACUCACGAGGAAGACUUGGAACAGGGCAGGAGGCUGGAUGAAGUCUCCCUCAGUGGCACAGGCCUGGAAGAGAAGAUUCUCAUUGAAGUUUGUGCAGGUGGAGCAGCAGAUGCUGUGAUGCUUGAACGUGUGAUUAUUUCUCCUGUCCUCUCUUACAAGAUUCUUGCUUUGUUUCCAAAUGCUGUAGCUUGUAAAUUACUGCUGAUGUUGAUGUUUAUCUUGGUUUUCUUCAUUUACUUCUCUUCCAAAGACUUUGAAAAGUUCUUGUUCAGCUUGAGAAACCCUAUCUCUCUGAAUCAUUGGAACACCUUCAGAAAGUCCUUCUACCCAGAAGCACCACUGGAUCCAGAAUUUUCACCAACAGAGACUGAGCUGAGAAUAAAGGGGAUCAUGGAGAAGCUAGACCAGCUGAUCCCACCCAGACCCUUCUCCCACGUGAGCUCCACCACCAGCGCCACACACAGUAAAGCCACCCUCCUCAGCCCUCAAGACACAUACUGCAGGGGGGAUCAGCUAGACGUCCUGCUGGAGGUGAGGGACCACUUGGGACGCAGGAAGGAAUAUGACGGGGAUUUCCUGAGGGCCAGGAUGUCCUGCCCAGCCCUGAAGGCAGGCGCUUCGGGAAAGGUGACAGACUUCAACAAUGGCACCUACCUUGUCAGCUUCACCCUGUUCUGGGAGGUCCGGGUGUCUCUGUCUGUCCUGCUCAUCCUCCCCAGUGAAGGGGUGUCGGCUCUCUGGAGGGCAAGGAACUGAGGCUAUGACAGGGUGAUGUUCACAGGCCAGUUUGCCAAUGGCACCUCCCAUGUCAAUACUGAUUGCGCCCUGGUUUUAAAUUCAAAUGCUGAACUGUGUGAGAACCUGCACUAUCGCGACCAGGAAGCCUUCUACUGCGUGAAGCCUCCAUGUGUUCCCUGUGAGGCACUGACCCACGUGACCACCAGGAAUGCAAAUAUUUCCUAUCUUAGAGAGAAAGAAUGGAUCAUUUUCCGCAGUUCCAACAUGGGGCUUGAAAUAAUGAAGGACUUUACCUCCAUCAAGGUCUUGCCAUGUAACAAGUCUAUUAACAUAGAAACAAACUGUCAGCUUGGCAGGAAGACUCCUUUUCCCAGCGGUUAUACUGUGAAAAGAAGGUGGAUUGCAGCAUUUUGCAAACAGAUCGAGUUAAAUGAAACAAAAAAUAUAAAUGACUGCUUGAAGAGAAAACUUAUUUACCUCAUGGGAGAUUCAACACUGCGUCAGUGGAUUCACUACUUACCAAAAGUGGUUAAAACCUUAAAAUGUUUUGAUCGUCAUGGAGCUGGGAUCUUUAAAACACAUGUGCUUCUGGAUGCUGAAAGACAUAUUUUGAUUCAGUGGAAAAAGCAUGGUCAUCCAUUUAUUACCAAAAAUCUGUUCUCAGUGAAGGAUGAAAAUUAUAUCCCAUGGGAAAUUGACCGGGUAGCAGGAGACAAUGACACAGCCAUUGUCAUCACUCUCGGUCAGCACUUCAGACCCCUCCCCAUCAAAAUCUUUAUCCGUAGGGCCAUCAAUGUUCAAAAGGCCAUUGAACAUCUAUUCUUGUGAAGCCCAGAGACCAAGAUGAUCCUGAAAACUGAAAACACCAGGGGGAUGUCUCAAAAUGCAGAGAUGUUUAGUGACUUUCAUGGUUCUAUUCAGAAUCUUAUCAUGAGGGAUGUUUUUGUGGAUCUCAAUGUGGGUAUUAUUGAUGCCUGGGACAUGACUACUGCAUAUAACACUGAUAAUGUUCAUCCACCUGAUUAUGUGAUUGGAAAUCAGAUUAACAUGUUCUUAAACUACAUUUGCUAG